CACUACGCGAAAUUUAUCUCUGUAACAAAGUUUUGCAUUGGUCGGGAUAUUAUCAGCGUGCCCAUUCAAUUGCUAGUAAUAUGGCAGAACUUCCGGGGGACAUUUAUCCUGUCUAAGUCGGUGAAGCUUGGGAGCCGGUAUCCGAGAGACGAUUGAUGCAUUUUGUUCCAACACAGUUAUCAUUUUUAUCUAUUACUCUCUCCAUUUAUGAACGCUGAGAAUAAAAUCCCCGUGCCGACUGAGAAAUUCACCGAAUAUUCAACACCCUGCAAGCGAAAAAAACCUUUGUAUUUGAUGAAAUCAAGUACGAGAAUGUCCAAAAAAUAAAUAUUGUCUUGGGUUUUAGACGAUAAAUGGCGGCGGUCCUUCCCUUCUCAUUAAAUUCCUUGCACUGUAACCGGAUUCGCAACAGGACAUGUACUUAUUCUACUCAUAUCAAGGCAACUUUCCAAAUACCACGGACAUUGACUAGACAGCGAUUAUGUUGUGGAAAACAAGGGGUAUCUGUGGAGUUUAGGAAAUCUCGAAGUCUAGCAUUGAACUUUCAUGAUCAUACCUUGAGGUCAAGGAAUUGUGGCAAACUCUGUCACAGUGGCUUCCCAUUGUCAGCAUCAUCUCCAUGGGAACGCUCCAAAAGGAAUGUGAUUGGUUUCAGUGAGACAGAGCAUAUAAAUUCUGUUGAGGUUGUAGAUGGAACCAAUGAAAACAUACAACUUCUCGAGAGUCAUAUGAAUUCCUUUAGAAAUGCAAUUACCAUGGACAACACAACAGCAUCCAUUGGUGUCGAGGAGAAAUUUGUGUAUUUACCAUUGAGUGAUGAUCAGAAACAAUAUGCAAAUGAAGUAAGUGAAUUGGAGGGUCAGUUACGCGAACUUUUUAUUGUAGUGGAGCAAAUGAUUAAAACUGGAGACGAAGGAACUGCCAGGGAAUUAAUUGAAGCAAACUAUGAAGUUGUAACAGAGCAGUUAGAGAUGGGUGUGAAAGGUGUAGAGCAAGCUGCCAUGCUUCUUGUUCUAGCCCAGUUGAAUAUGAGUCUUUGUGAAUUUACAUUUACAGAGUAUUUGCUUGAGCAGAUAAAAGAAAUAAUGACCAAUGUUGGGAAUCAAGAACCAUUGGUUGACAGAAUUCUGGAACAUACGGGGAGUAUGUAUAUAGCUCUUGAGAAGCCAGAGGAAGCUUUGCCUCUCUGUACAAGAAGUCUUGAAAUUCAAGAAGGCAUCCUUGGAAAGAACAGUCCACUAUUAGUCACCCUACUCUUGUGUUUAGCUGAUACCCACAAUCUUCUUUGUGAGGAAAAUACAAGCAUUGAACUUUAUCAUCGGGCUAUUUCUAUCUUGGAGGCAAGAAAGGGAGUAGAAAGUGAAGAUCUUGUUUUUCCAUUAACACAGCUGAGUCAAGUUCUAAUAGAGGAAUACAGAAUCCAAGAGGCCGAGGACUCACUGCGCAGGGCAUUGGCUAUAAUGGAGAAGCAACAUGGAGAAAAUGAUGCAGCGGCGGGGUCAAUUACGUGUGUUUUAGCUCGUGCACUGUGUGCAAAAGGUGAAGUUAAAGAUGCUGUUGCUUUAUACAAGAAAGGUCUAUAUAUUAUGGAAAAUAGUGGAAAAUUUUCACUAGAUGAUUCUGUUUUGGAAACUAUACGAAUAGAUCUGGCAGAACUACUCCAUGUUUUAGGCAGAGAAGAGGAAUCCCAGCAACUUUGGGAGCAGAACUUAUUAAGAAAGGAGGAAGCUCUUGGCAAUGAUCAUCCUAGUUUGGCAAUGCACAUUCAGAACCUAGCAACAUCUUAUGCUCACUCCGGAAAAUUUGAAAAAAGUGAAUUGCUGCUUAGGAGGUGCGUAAGGAUACUUUCAGCCAGGUUAGUUCAUGAUGCACCAGAGACAUCAGUUCCCAUGUUGUCUCUUGCAACAAUUUUGUAUCAUCAGGGGAGAAAUAAAGAAGCGGAGGAUUUAGCUUUAGAUGCUUUGAGGAUACGGGAAGCAUUUUUUGAUAAAGAUGGUCCUAUUGUUGGGGAGGCUUGUGAUUGCUUAGCAUUGAUACAGCAUGCACUGGGAAAGGAUGAUAGAGCUGAAUCUCUUAUGUGGAGGGUCUUACAGAUCCAAGAAAAGGAAUUUGGCUAUGACAGUCCAGAAGUAAUGUCUACACUAGAAUUGCUCAUUGUCUUGGUUGACAAUUUGGGAAAGAAAAAUCAAAGAGUUCUUCUACAACGAAGACUAGCAAAGUUGAAAACUAGAUACAGAAAAUGAUUUUCUUUGCCAUUAGAUGGGCACAUAUAGGUCUCAGCUCUAAGUGCUAAGAGCAGGUUUACAAGUUCGAUCGAUUUGUAUUUUAUUUCCAGAUCUAGUGAUUUAUAGCAGAAAAGCUGCAUAAUCCUUCUGGCAUCAACCUAUCUUUUAGGUGCAUGCAGGCACUUUAAAUUGCCAUUUUGUAGAUAGUUUCUUUGUUGUCUAAUAAUGGAAUGUGUUGUUCCACGUAAACAUGCAUUAAUGAGGAGUCGUUCCUUAUAAGGUAUGUUCAUAUUUCUUGACAUACCGUUUACAACAAAUAUUUCAUCUAUCAUCUUUCAUAUGUAAAAGUUAUUUUGCUGCUUUAGCAUCGUAAUGGUGAAAAUUGUAUAUUCAUGCCCUUUUUUCUUA